AUGGCCGCAUCGGCAGCAACAGCUGCUGCUGCAGCAGCAGCAGCUGCUGGUGCUGCUGUCUCAAGGUCUAGGAGGGGGUUAUCUCUUGUGGUAGUGGUGGCGGUGUUGCUGCUGCUGCUGCGGCCUUCUGCUGCUAAUGCUGCAGCAGCUGCUUCAGGGGCUGAAAGUGGCGGUAUGACCCCAGCAGCAGCGAUGUCAGCUGCUGCUGCUGCAGCCGGUGGCAGCAGUAUCAGCAGCAGCAGCAGGAGCAACGACAACAACAACGACAGCAGCAGCAACAGCAGCAGCCUGAUAUAUGAUGUUGAGCUGUCUCCUGGUGCACAUAACGUAAUGGAAGCGCUGCUGCUAGCAGGGUUUGGUCGUUACCGCUAUGAGCUGCAGCAGCUAAUGCGAGUACACUUUACCAAGCUGCUGCAGCACAACAAGCCUGCUGCUGCUGCUGCUAUGCCUCUUGUUGAGGUUAAGGUAUAUUGUUAUGAUCCCCUUCCUCUAAAUCAAGGAGAGGUACAAGAGAACGAGGAGCAUCAGCAGCAGCUGCUGCUCAUGCAGCAGCAGCAACAGCAGCAGCAGGAAUUGCAGCAGGAACUGCAGCAGGAGAUGCUGCUGCUGCACCAAACGGACUCCACAGGCCACAGCAGCAGCCACAACAGCUUCUUUAGUCCUAUUGUUGCUGCCUACAGCAGCAGCAGCAGCCGCAGAGAGCGCAACAGCAACAACAGCAACUUACAGCAGCGGGAGGCCCUGCUCAGCAGCCCUUCCUCAACAGCUGCUGCUGCUGCUGCUGCAUCCACAUCUGCAGCAGCUGCUGCUGCUGCUGCACUUGCAGGAGGGGGAUUUGAGGUGUCUGUUGAUGCUGCAGCAACAGCAGCAGUUAGAGCCUACUGGGGUGUUGGUCAGAAGGCUAUGGAGACCUUUAUCAAAGGCAACAACAACAGUGAUGGACAAUCCCUCCUAUCUGGCUCUGCCCGCCGCCUUGCGCGGCUGCUGCCGAGCAGCAGUAGCGACAGCAGCAGCAGCCGCCGUUUCAACACAGGUACAUUUGCUGCUGACAGUGCAGCUAUGCCGUGGGGCCCCGAUGGGUGCUGCCUUAUGUCUGCGCCGCAGAUUGUGCCUGCUGGGAGGGGACACCGCCUUCGCUUCUUUACACAUGAUCGAGACAACACAGCUGGCCGAUUGUCUCCGUUCACUGAGGCGGUCUUCCCGUUGGUUAUCGUUGCAUCUGUUGGCGGCUCCUCUGCAACUUGUCAUUUGCUGUUACUGCGUUGUCGUCCAUUGCCUCCUCCUCCUCCAUCAACGAGCAGCAGAUCUCGUGUAUCUGCAGCGGAGGCAGCAGCUGCUGCUGCUGCAGCACCGCUGCCUGCAUGUUACGUAUCUCAUCGCUAUGAGGUGUACAGACAGCUGCUAGCAGGAGGAAGCUUAGAUAAACCACAAGAGAAAGGGGACAUCUUUGGUGUUAGCAGCAGCAGUGGCACAUUAGACUUAGAAUGCCUUGUUUGUAUGACCAACCCUAAGAAUGUCGUACUCUACCCAUGCAGGCACUGCGCUUUGUGCUUAGAGUGCCUACAGGCGCUGCACCAAGAAAAGUGCCCGGUUUGCCGUUCUCAUUUCUUUGGCUUUAUUACCUUUCCCCUCAGUAAGAACUUGACAGCAGCAGAAUCUGUUUCUGUUGCUCCAGCUGCGGCUGUUGCAGACAGCCGUAACGGCGUAGUCAGCAGCGGCAGCAGCAACAACGGCAGCACGAAUGUGCAGCACCACCGAGGGGGCUCAAGGGUAGUCCCAGCAGAGACACAGAUGGAGACAGUGACGAAAUAUGCUGCACUGUUCCGGCUUCUUGUCGUGCUUCAAGAGGCAGCAGCAGCAACAUAUUUCGUCACUGUCUCCAUGCCUCUUGAAGCACGACAAGAAGCCGGAACAGUGCAGCAAAAGCAGCAGCAGCAGCACUGCAGCACGCAGCUGCAUAACGUUAGAUAUAGCGCAGUAGCAUAA